GCUGCUGCCGCCAUCUCUCGCUCUUAGCGCCGAGCUUGAAAGAGGCUCGCCAUGUCUGGAGAGCCAUCGAGCGCGACUGUCGCUGGACCGUCGUCCAGCAAGCGGCCAGCGUGGUCGCCCGACCACCUGGCGCACGAGCCGCCACAGGCGCCGCCCAUCGAUGUGCGGAUAGAGGAGGAGCAGGCUGCGCAGGCUGCGGCUCAGGCAGCUGGUUUCGAAGGGCGGAGAGCUAGGAAGUUCCUGCAGAGACGGACCGUCGAUUACUUUGGCACGUACAUGCGCUACAACCUUGACCGGCUACAUCGAACGUGCUAUCGACACGAUGACGAAUACAUGCGGCCUAGCGUGCACUCGAUCAGCAAGCUUCACCCGCCUUUUGCAUACUCAAGAUCGAGCACUUCAAUAGCAACGACGCCCGUUCAUACAUCUACGAACAAGGUCCGCUGCCCGGUUAACAUUGUUCAAUGGACGCCUGAAGGUCGGAGGCUGCUGACAGGCUCGCAGUCAGGCGAGUUCACACUAUGGAACGGACUGACGUUUAAUUUCGAGACGAUCUUGCAAGCGCAUGACUCGCCAGUGCGAGCGUUUGAAUGGUCCAAGUCGGGUGUUUGGCUCGUCUCUGCCGAUCAGAACGGCAUCAUCAAAUAUUUCCAGACCAAUAUGAACAAUCUGCAAGCGUUUGAAGGACAUCGCGAAGCCAUUCGAGGCGUCAGCUUUAGCCCGGAUGAUGCGCGCUUCGUCACGGCGAGCGAUGACUCGACGCUCAAGAUCUGGGCAUUCGAUGAGGCGCGGGAGGAAACGACGCUCAGAGGGCAUGGGUGGGACGUCAAGUGCGUUGAUUGGCACCCGACAAAGGGCCUCAUUGUCUCUGGCAGCAAAGACAAUCUGGUCAACUUUUGGGAUCCGCGAAGUGGCACCAACCUGGCGACGCUACAUGGCCACAAGCAAACGAUCCAGGCAUGCAAGUGGGGUGGGCCGUCGAACAAUCUCGUUGUGACUGCAUCACGAGACCACUUUUUACGCAUCUACGACAUUCGUGCUAUGAAAGAGCUCUACACAUUGCGAGGGCACAAGAAUGAAGUUUGCAGCGUCGCGUGGCACCCGGUCCACUGCGACCUGCUCGUUUCGGGCGGCUCGGAAGGUUCGAUGAUCUACUGGUCGUUGCAAGCGGAAGAUCCGGAAGCACCAUUGCUGGCGAUGGACGAGGCGCACAACUCGAACAUCUGGAGUCUCUCGUGGCAUCCGCUGGGCCACCUUCUUGCGAGCGGAGGCAACGAUCACGCGACCAAGUUCUGGGCGCGCUCAAGGCCUGGUGGGGCCGAGCCGGGGCACAGUGGGCAUUAUCCACAUCAGCAGCAGCAGCAGUUCGAUGGAUACACCUUUGAGAGGGCCGAUUUUUACGGUCGGGAUAGCAGAGGAGGUGGUGGUGGUGGCGGGUUUCUAUCAGGAUGAUCGGCAGCCAACUUGCGCUUUUGCCUGUAUUGCAGCCCCAUUGCCGACGCAUCGGUUCUCCAAAGAAUGGUUCAUAGUAUUUCGAC